UGUAUCAAUUUAAUCAAUUUUCCAUUGUCAUGCAUAUCCUAACUCUCACAUUAGCAUAUCUUUAAGCGUCCAAGUCAAAGUUUUUUUGACAGUAUGAGUACCUGCCUGGAACGAUUUUUUUGUCCCAAUAAACCCAUCUGCAGCUCGGGCAGAAGAGCCACGUUCUAUUAUCCUGGCGGAGGGACCUACUCUGGCUACUGGUUAUGCAACAAACAUCAGGGCUGGGGCGUCAAAAAGACGGCAAAACGAACUAGCCAGUACUUUUUUGGUAAAAAACAUCCUGAAGGCCAGCUCAUUUAUGAAGGGGACUGGGUGAUGAACAAACGACAAGGAGUCGGAUCAAUGCUACGAAAACGCGGAACAGAAGUACAACUGAUAUAUUCGGGAAGAUGGUACGAUGACAUGAAAUGUGGAGAAGGUAAACAAUUCUAUUCCGACGGAUGCGUCUACUUUGGAAAAUGGAUAAGAAAUCGACGGCACGGUUUGGGAAUCCAGUGGUACAACGAUGGGAAUAUCUAUGCGGGCGAAUGGGAGACAGAUUUCCGGCACGGACUUGGGGUCAUGUUUUACGCCAAUGGAAACCGGUACGAAGGACACUUUGCACGUGGAUACAAAAAUGGCGAGGGUGUUUUCUAUCAUAUGCAUACGGGACAAAUUCAGAAGGGGAUGUGGGAAAAUGAUAAUUUAAAGACGUCGGUAAUACAGGAUGAACAAAAAAUCCGCUGUAAUACUGCAAUAACAUCAUAUCCGAUUCCGCGAAACUGUCUUAAGUACCCCAACGAAAUAAUGCGAGAACUUUUUCAAAGGUACAAAGCUUUUAGCAAUAAGCCCCAUCGUAGAUUCAAUGACAGGGUCAGUCUUGCCUUCAUUCACCAUCACCGACAGUAUGCCUCUUGCGAAGAACGUUUCGCUUCACCAACAAUUGUAAACCUAUACCCCAAAGCUGAGUUUGGAUGCACUUGCGACUGCGAAAAUGUUGCCCGAAACGAAGCCAACUUUAGUCAGAUAUAGCAUACUAUACUUUACCCUAUACGUUUGAAAGUUGAUGUUACAAAAUUGGCAACCUAAAUAUUAAAGGCAAAAUUGUAUGUCAUAGCAAUA